AGUCCGAGGCGGGCGCGUGGCGUCUGCGGUGCAUUGCGCUGUGGCCGGCGCGGGCGUGCCUUUGUCCUUGUGCGAUUCCCCGCUUGUAGCGCUGUUGAACCCGGGGCCGCUCCCCGCCUAUAACGCUCCCUUUUUCCCCACCCCCGGCGCUCGCGGGCAGUGGGCCUGGGCGCCAGCAUGUUCAGUUGGGUGAGCCGCGACGCCCGCCGGCGCAAGGAGCCCGAGUUGUUCCGCACCGUCUCGGAAGGGCUGAAGCAGCUGUACUCGGGCAAGCUGCUGCCGCUGGAGGAGUACUACCGCUUCCACGACUUCCACUCGCCGGCGCUGGAGCCCGCCGACUGGGAAAACAAGCCCAUGGUGCUGCUGGUGGGCCAGUACAGCACCGGCAAGACCACCUUCAUCCGGCACCUGCUGGAGCAGGAUUUCCCCGGCAUGCGCAUCGGGCCCGAGCCGACCACCGACUCCUUCAUCGCCGUCAUGGGAGGGGAGACCGAGGGUGUCAUCCCGGGCAACGCGCUCGUCGUCGACCCGCGGCGACCCUUCCGCAAGCUCAACGCCUUCGGCAACGCUUUUCUGAACAGGUUCAUGUGCGCCCAGCUACCAAAUCCUGUUCUGGACAGCAUCAGCAUCAUCGACACCCCGGGAAUCCUCUCUGGUGAGAAGCAGCGGAUAAGCAGAGGCUACGACUUUGCAGCGGUCUUGGAGUGGUUUGCUGAGCGGGUGGACCGCAUCAUCUUGCUCUUCGAUGCCCACAAGCUGGACAUUUCGGACGAGUUCUCAGAGGUGAUCAAGGCCCUGAAGAACCACGAGGACAAGAUCCGGGUGGUCCUGAACAAGGCGGACCAGAUCGAGACGCAGCAGCUGAUGAGGGUCUACGGCGCCCUCAUGUGGUCCCUGGGCAAGAUCAUCAACACGCCGGAGGUUGUGCGGGUCUACAUCGGGUCCUUCUGGUCCCACCCGCUCCUCAUCCCGGACAACCGGAAGCUUUUUGAGGCUGAGGAACAGGACCUCUUCAAGGACAUCCAGUCCCUGCCCCGCAAUGCCGCCUUGCGGAAGCUCAAUGACCUCAUCAAGAGGGCCAGACUUGCCAAGGUCCACGCUUACAUCAUCAGCGCCUUGAAGAAAGAGAUGCCCAACGUCUUUGGAAAGGAGAGCAAGAAGAAAGAGCUGGUGAACAACCUGGGCGAGAUCUACCUGAAGAUAGAGCGGGAGCACCAGAUCUCACCGGGGGAUUUCCCCAACCUCCGGAAGAUGCAGGAGCAAUUGUUGACGCAGGACUUCAGCAAAUUCCAGCCGCUGAAGCAGAAACUGCUGGAUGCCGUGGACGACAUGUUGGCCAACGACAUCGCCCGGCUGAUGGUGAUGGUGCGGCAAGAGGAGUCCCAGAUGCCCACGCAGGUGGUGAAGGGCGGGGCCUUCGAGGGCACCAUGAACGGGCCCUUCGGCCACGGCUAUGGGGAGGGUGCCGGCGAGGGCAUCGAUGACGUGGAGUGGGUGGUGGGCAAGGACAAACCCACGUACGACGAGAUCUUCUACACCCUCUCCCCCGUCAACGGCAAGAUCACGGGGGCCAGCGCCAAGAAGGAGAUGGUGAAAUCCAAGCUGCCCAACACAGUCCUGGGCAAGAUCUGGAAGCUGGCCGACGUGGACAGGGACGGGCUCUUGGACGACGAGGAAUUCGCCCUGGCCAACCACCUGAUCAAGGUCAAGUUGGAGGGCCACGAGCUGCCUGCCGAACUGCCCACUCACCUAGUGCCCCCCUCCAAGCGCAGGCAUGAAUGACGCUUUCCCCUCCUGGGGGGCCCCCCUUUGACUCUGACCCCCCUGCUGUAGGGGCUGGACUGCUGCCCCCAGGAGCUGGCUUUGAACUCCCCCACCCUGUGAGAACAAAAUACCCCCCCUUCUUGAAUGAAAGGAAGCCCAUGCACAGAAACUCUUUGAGAAAUUUUUAAUACACGCGCUACAUUUUAAGGCAAUAAUCUUCUGUUCCUACCUGUAGUGUUGGGGGUGCAACCUAGGUGCUCUUUCCCAGGUGGGAGCUGGUGGGCGGGGGAGAGAGGGACCCUUUUCCUGUAGCGUUGCGACCAUAGAAAUGGGGGGUUGUGGGUAGCCUGGUUCCCUGUCUCUCUUUCUCGAGAGUGGUUCACCAAGAGCCUUCAUGUUUGGACAUCUUCCCUCUGUCAUGUGACCAGUCAAUACUAGGGCCGGGAUGUUGGAAGGAACAACAUCGCACAAAUGUCUGUCGCAUCCACACACACACACACACACCGGUUCUGCUUUUUCACUUCUUGUCGAGCCCUUGUUCCCCUGUCCACCGGAAAGGUGUGAGCAAUCGCCGAAGCAGUCUUCGCACUACACCACCCAUUGCAUUUGACGCAGGUACACAGCGUGGCCAUUUCACAUGUGGGUCUCUCACUUCUGCCUUUUCCUGGUGGGUAGACUGAAUCACCUUUUUCGGCAGCCAGGCAGAGCUGGAGAGCCUGUUCUCCCCCUCCUCUCCCCCGCCCACAGAAACAUGUUUCACUUGCUGCCUCUUCAUUCUUACUGGGCCACCCAGUAUUGGUUUGGUACUGCGUACCCCUUGACGUUACCUGGUGCUGGCUUUAGGGAUCGCUCAACGAAUCUCUUCACCAGCCUGGGCCUGCAGUCAUUCCCAGGUGUCAGGACAGGCCUUCCAGCAGAGAGGUGGGUCGCCCUGAAGCCUGAGGCUCUGAUUACCCUCGUUGGCAGCUCUGAAGUUAAGCUUCCUCUUCUCGUUCAGGAGGGGAGCUUCUGUGCCUUCACUUAAAUGACAGAAGCAUUUCAGCAAAAGCGGUGGUUUCUUAACAUCCGUGGUGACGGAGCAUUUGCUGAGCUUCACCCUGAACACGCAACAUGAGUGCCCUGCUCUGGAUCUCCUCUGUACUCUGGGAGAUUCCCCUCUUCCCAGAUCCACGAGGGGGAGGAGUGAGGUCCCUCUUCGGCUGAGGUAAGUGGGAAAUGUGGUGCUGAAUCAAAUGGUAAUCUUCUCUAGAUGAGAUUCUUGGGUGUCCUCUGUGCCUACACAUCUGUUGAACACGGGCUUGGACCCACAACCGCUCACAAUCCCUGCACCUAAAUGAUGGAAGAAGUCUGGGUGUUGUGGAAGUCACGUUGGGGAUUUCUGAUUUUCUGAAGAUGGUUAUGGCUCUGGGGUGCUGUGGAUAAGGGGGUGGGAUUGAGGGAAGACUUUGUAGCCCCUCGAUUGUGGACCUUUGUCCUGGAGGAAGGUAUUAUGGCUAUGUCCCGUUUCCCAGCCAAUGCCCAUGAAGUAUGAAAGGAGUGUUGCUGGAUGGGAUUGUCUUGCUCAGCAGAGGAACUGAUGAUUAGAUCGCCUUAACCACGGGAGGGGGAAUAGAACGUACAGUCAAUCUCUUGUUGGCGGGAAGGGUGUACAGAGGAAGGUCUGUUUUAAUAUCCCAUCCGUUUUCACUGGUAUUAAAGUUUAUUUGAAGCUC